GACGCACUCAAAGGGUUCCGGUCGAUGAGUAUACCGAAAACACAACCCGAAAAAUGUAUGAUGGGUUGUCUGAUGAGAAAAGUCAACGUGAUUAACAACGGCAAGUUUUCGGUUGAAGAGGCGACCAAGGUUGCACAAAAAUAUUACGGGACGAACGAAACGAUGAUGAAAAAGGCAAAGGACCUCAUCGACGUUUGCGCGAAGAAAGCUCAAUCGACGACUGAAGAAUGCGCGUUGGCCGGAAUCGUGACAACUUGUAUCGUGGAGGAAGCUCAAAAAGCGGGCUUAAGUGGUGGACCUGGCGGCCGCCCCAAACGAACCGUUUCACCGAAAUUCAGACGCAACGUCAUGUAAACUAUUCACGUCGUUCCUACGAUCAUUUAAACGCUGUUCGCCUAUUAUAACUAUAAACUAUUAUACUAAUUAAUUUUAUACCAAAUAUCCUUGUACAUCGUGUUUACAUGGCCGUCAAUAAACAUUUUAUUUAAACCACAA